AUGGCAGAGAAGGAAGGAGGAAUCGUCAAGAAGGGCCACGAAGAGGGACUGGCAUUGGCAACUGCACUUCUCCAAGAGUUUGAGCUUCCACUCGGACUUUUGCCCCUCUCUGAUGUGAUUGAAGUCGGUUUCGUGAGGAGCACUGGCUACAUGUGGAUUGUCCAGAAGAAGAAGGUUGAGCACAGCUUCAAGAUCAUCAGUAAGCUUGUGAGUUACGACACAGAAAUUAAAGGAUAUGUUGAAAAGAAGAGGAUUAAGAAGCUCAAGGGAGUGAAGGCCAAGGAGCUCAUGUUGUGGCCUCCAGUCAGUGAAAUCAUUGCUGAUGAGCAACCCACUGGAAAGAUUCACUUCAAGAGCCUUGCUGGCAUCACCAAAACUUUUCCAGCUGAGGCAUUUGCUGCUGGUCAGUGA